CUGAUUCCUAGAGAAAACAACUAGAGAAGAAGUUGAAGUCUCUCAAAUCCCUCUGUUCAUGGAUGCUUUAAUUCCUCACGCCCUCUUCCCCUAUAUCCUCACUAGCUCAAGUGUGCAUCGGUCUCUUGUGGUUCGUCAAUGCCUGUACAGGCAAAGGGGGUUGAAUCCAACAACUUGGGCUAUUGGGGUGUCUGGAAGUAGUAGCCUUGGAGCAGCUGGGGACCUUUUUGGUGAUGCUAAUAAUCUAAGGGGAAUUGAUCAAAAUGGUUCUUUGUUGGGUGGCUUGGAUGAGGCAGCUUCAGCAGUGCCAUUUGGGACGUUGGAUGCUGAGAUCACACCAGAGACCAUUGAUUUCUUUGUUAGUGAUGCUGAGGGCGACCCCGAUUGCCCAUCUGAGGGCUACUCAUCCAUAGAGCAGGCUCUUAACACAUUACGCCAAGGAAAGUUUGUGAUUGUUGUAGAUGAUGAAAAUGGGGAAGUGGAAGGAAACCUAGUCAUGGCAGCAUCAUUCACAAGUCCGAAAGACGUAGCAUUCCUGAUCAAGCAAGGGUCUGGGAUUGUCUCUGUAGGCAUGAAAGAGGAGGAUCUUGAAAGAUUGAAGCUUCCUCUGAUGUCACCAGAGACUGAGGAAGAAGACUCAUCUGCCCCCACAUUCACAAUCACAGUGGAUGCAAAAGUUGGAACAUCUACUGGAGUGUCAGCUGUAGACAGGGCAAAGACUGUGGUAGCUCUCGCGUCUCAUGAUUCUAAGCCACAAGACUUUAGAAGGCCUGGCCAUGUGUUUCCUCUCAAGUACCGAAAUGGCGGCAUUCUAAGGAGAGCCGGCCACACUGAGGCCUCGGUUGAUCUGGUUGUUCUGGCAGGCUUGAGGCCAGUGUCUGUUCUCUCAGCUGUAGUUGAUGCAGAAGAUGGCUCUAUGGCCUCUUUGCCCAAUUUAAGAAAACUCUCAUUGGACCACUCCAUUCCAAUUGUCUCCAUAACUGAUUUGAUCAGGUACAGGAGAAAGAGGGAAAAAUUGGUUGAAAGAAAAGCAGUUUCUCGUUUACCUACAAAGUGGGGAUUGUUUCAGGCUUAUUGCUACAACUCAAAGCUAGAUGGAACAGAACAUGUUGCUGUUGUGAAGGGAAGCAUUGGGAACGGAGAAGAUGUGCUGGUAAGAGUUCAUUCAGAGUGUUUGACAGGGGACAUAUUCAGAUCAGCCCGGUGUGAUUGCGGCAACCAGUUGGACUUGGCAAUGCAGCUGAUUGAGCAAGCCGGUCGGGGAGUUGUUGUUUACCUUAAAGGUCAUGAAGGAAGAGGCAUUGGCCUUGGUCACAAACUUCAAGCCUAUAAUCUGCAGGACCAAGGCCAUGACACAGUCCAGGCCAAUAUAGAACUUGGACUAUCUGUUGAUUCUCGCGAAUACGGGAUCGGUGCUCAGAUUCUGAGAGACAUUGGGGUUCGAACGAUGAGACUAAUGACGAACAACCCUGCGAAGUUCACUGGACUAAAGGGAUAUGGGUUGGCUGUGGUUGGGAGGGUUCCAGUGUUGACACCAAUUACAGAGGAAAACAAGACCUACUUGGAAACAAAACGAACCAAGAUGGGACAUGUUUAUGGUUCUGAUAUUCAAGGGCUUUCAUCCGGAUUCAUCAACCCGAAUGUAAAUAACAACCAAGGCCUACCAGAGUCAGACAGUGAAAGUUGA